UUAUCCAGGCUGAUCAAUAAGCUCCAGCCCGGCUCAGUGAAGAAAAUCAACCACUCCCAGCUGAACUGGCACAAGCUGGAGAACCUGGGGAAUUUUAUCAAAGCCAUUCUGGCCUACGGCCUGAAGCCCAGCGACAUCUUCGAGGCCAACGACCUGUUUGAAAACGGGAACAUGACUCAAGUGCAGACCACGCUGCUAGCACUGGCCAGCAUGGCCAAGACCAAAGGCUUGGACACAAAGGUUGAUAUUGGGGUGAAAUAUGCAGACAAACAAAGACGGCAGUUUGAUGAAGAGAAGAUCAAGGCUGGACAGUGUGUCAUCGGACUGCAGAUGGGAACAAACAAGUGUGCCAGUCAGGCUGGAAUGACGGCUUACGGAACCAGGAGGCAUCUGUACGACCCGAAGACUCACAGCGAUAAACCGUACGACCAGACCACCAUCAGCCUGCAGAUGGGCACCAACAAAGGAGCCAGCCAGGCGGGGAUGUCGGCCCCUGGUACCCGUAGGGACAUCUUUGACCAGAAGGUGGCGCUGCAGCCGGUCGACAACUCUACCAUCUCCCUCCAGAUGGGCACCAACAAGGUGGCGUCUCAGAGAGGCAUGAGCGUGUACGGUCUGGGCCGGCAGGUCUAUGACCCCAAGUACUGCGCCGCACCGACGGAACCGGUGAUUCACAAAAACGGCAGCCAGGGCACCGGCACCAACGGCUCAGAAAUCAGCGACAGCGACUACCAGGCCGAGUUCCAGGAGGAGGAUUACCACGCCGGUUACCAUGACGACUACGACCCCCUCUAUAACGAGCCCCACAGUGACUACUAGUGCAGGGCUUCAGGUCUAGAGCAGUAUUACGUCAUCAGACCUUCGCUGUCCUCACUGGACUUUCUAUGAAACUAGACUCUGAGCCGCAGAGCUCCAGUUUUAGUUCUAAGCACGGCAGAUAAGUGGUGAAGAGUGAUUUUUGAAGGACGUCUUUGAUAGAAGCUUUGCUGUCCUGUACGGCAUACCUGUAGCGGACCAGUGUUGACCCUAUCAGUGUACCUGUUAAAGUCUGUAGAUUUUCACGAUCUAGAUUCAUUCCUUUCUCUGAGUUACGUCUUCCUGAUGGACGCGAGGCGCUCAUAACCUUUUCUACGUUCUUACCUUCUUUCCUUUUUUGACCAAUCCGUGUUUAUUAAUAAAAUCCUACCUUUCAUUAAAGUCUCACCGUGUU